UUUCGCAAGCACGUCGUUGCCGUUGGCAGUCUUCGCCAUUUUUCUUUUGUUGCGGUUGGCAGUGCGUGCAGUCUGCUAGAAUAAUGACGACAAAGCAGCGGCAAGCGCUGCCGCUUUCUGACAAGGUGGACAUUAUUCGCCGUGUCGAGCGCGGCGAGAAAAAAUCGGACGUGGCUGCAACCUUCAAGAUCGCCAGAAGCACGUUGAGCACGAUACUAAAGAAUAAGGCGACGAUCAAGAACCAAGCCCGCGAACGGCCGAACGCCGACAGCAAACGCAUCCGGAAACCGGCCUACGACGCUGUGGAGAAGGCUCUCUACCAAUGGUUCCUGGACAUUCGCGCGCGGAACCUACCCGUCUCUGGUCCCAUGCUGCAGAGCAAGGCGAAAGAUUUCGCUUUCGUCCUGGGGGUUGAAGGUUUCACCGGAGGCACUGGAUGGCUGCAACGGUUUAAGGACCGCUACUCGAUUGUUGGAAAAGUCGUGGCUGGCGAGAGGUGUUCCGUCGAUACGGAAGGCGUCAAGAAGUGGAUUGAUGACAACUGGCCGGCAAUUAUUGAGAAGUACAAGCCAUGUGACAUUUUUAACACGGACGAGACUGCGUUAUUUUGGCAGCUGCUUCCAAGCAGGACCUUGGCGCUCCGAAAUGAGGACUGCCAUGGUGGAAAGCUGAGCAAGGUUCGCGUCACGAUCCUUUUGACGGCCAACAUGGACGGAUCAUCGAAACUGCGCCCGCUAGUCAUUGGCAAGUUCAAGUCGCCUAUAUGUUUGCGAGGAUGCGGCCCCCUACCCGUAACAUACACCUUUAACAAGAAGGCGUGGAUGACCAGGGUGUUGUUCGAGACGUGGCUCCGCGACUGGGACGAAGAAUUAACAUCAAGUGGGCGCAAGGUUUGCCUACUGCUCGACAAUUGUUCCGCUCACCACUGCGGUGUAUCGCUCAAGAACAUCGAGCUGUGUUUCCUGCCGCCCAACGCAACGGCAGUGCUCCAACCACUUGACCAGGGCAUCAUCCGUGCUUUCAAACAGGGCUACCGAAAGCGUCUUGUAGAGCAACUUCUCGUCAAGAUGCGCGUCGGCGGAGAGCUGAAAAUCGACUUGCUGGGCGCGAUCCAGAUGCUGAGCCGCGCCUGGUGUGAUGUCACGAGCGACACAAUUCGAAAUUGCUUCCGGCACGCUGGACUCGGCGUGGAAAACGGCGAAACAUCGGGCCCAGUGCAAGAGAACGAUGACAUAGGAGUCCUCUGGCAGGAACUUGGUAGCCUCCCUGAUGCGUUGCCCGAGGGAGUCGACCUCGAAGAUUUUUUGACGGCCGACGACGACGUUGCUGUGGCUGCAAGCCCUUCGGACACAGAGAUCAUUGCGGAUGUGGCGGCAGCUGCUGCCAUUGGUGACUGCGAGGAAGCAGAGGAUUCUGAAGAUGAAGGUCCACCUCGUCCGACGCUUCACGAGGCACUUUCAGCGGUGGACGUGCUCCGUCGCUACUGCUCCGACAUCGAGGGAAGCGGACUGGAGUUCGUACAAGCAGUGUCACGCGUCGAGAACGCCAUUCUUAUGGAUGCUGCCAAGUCAAAAACCCAAGCGAAGAUUACUGCCUACUGUGAAUAGAUUGUUCCCAAUAAAUGGAUUUCUUGAACAGUAAGUGGCAUCGCGUUUUCUUGCUGUUCGAUGUCCAUAAACCCGUGUAUAACGAACAUAUCGUAGAAAUUCGUUAUACGCGAAUAUCUCCAUAACGAACUACUUGAUAUAUCGAACUAGACGUAGCGUU